CCAAAAAACUUGUUUUUCUCUGUCUUUGUCUUUUUAUAAGACGACUGAACUUUUGUUCUCAAGACAUGAUAGAGAGAAACAUAUUACGUUUCAACAAAUAUUUCUAUUGGUAGCUUCCAAUGUAUCCAUUCUACUGUUUGUUCAAAAAAUUCAACUAUUUUGGCUCAAACAGUUCUGAUUUUUUUCUCCAAAACUUUGAUUGAAAACGAUGAGACGACUUCGGAUUGAUGUUGGUUGGUUACAACACAUCUUGUUCUUCUUCGUUUGUGGCUUGGGGUUUAUAUCGCUUGCAUCAUGUUUAGAUGGAGAUGAUUACAGCAAAACAGGAAAUCCAAAAGUUCUUGUUCCCGUUACAAACCUGAUAUAUAACCGGCUUCAGAGUCUAAAGAAUGUCUUAAAGGCUGAUAUUGAUCGGGAUUUAGGAUAUUGCAUAAAAAAUUUGAAGGACGAUUGGGAUGAAGCAUUUGAUUUUGAUAAAAAUCUGGACUUUUUAAGCAAUUGUAUCAAGAAAACCGAUGGUGACAUCACACUUAGACUAUGUUCAGCUGCUGAGAUAAAAUUCUAUUUCAGUAGUUUUAUUAGAAGGGAUGAAGUAACAACGGUUCAUGUAAAACCUAAUGUCAACUGCAAUUUGGCUAAAUGGGUUUCUGGAUGCGAACCGGGAUGGAGUUGUAAUGCAGAUGAUGAUAAAAAGUUUGAUAUCAAAAAUGGAAAAGUUCUUCCAUCUAGAACUCGUAAAUGCCAACCUUGUUGCGAGGGCUUCUUUUGUCCACAAGGUCUUGCUUGCAUGAUACCUUGUCCAUUAGGUGCAUAUUGCCCACUUGCCAAGCUUAAUAAAGCAACAGGAGUUUGCGAGCCAUAUAAUUACCAAAUCCCUCCUGGAAAGUUGAACCACACGUGCGGUUCUGCAGAUAGUUGGGCUGAUGCUGAGAGUAGUGGUGAUAUGUUUUGUUCUCCAGGUUCAUAUUGUCCAACGACGAUUCGAAAGGUCACUUGUGGUAGUGGACAUUACUGCAGACAAGGUUCUACUUCACAAAAACCAUGCUUCAAGCUCGCAACUUGUAAUCCAAAUACUGCAAACCAAAAUAUUCAUGCAUAUGGAGCCAUCUUAAUCGCGUCAGUAAGUCUUGUAAUGAUCAUGGUUUACAACUGCUCCGAUCAAGUUCUUGCCACUCGAGAAAAGAGACAAGCCAAAUCUAGAGAAGCAGCAGCGAGGCACGCAAAAGAAACAACACAAGCUCGAGAAAGGUGGAAAACUGCAAGAGAUGUUGCCAAAAACCCUAAGAUGGGAUUAACUGCACAACUAUCUCAAACAUUUUCUCGCAUGACAUCUAAGAAAGAUACACCUGAUAAAGCAUCUGGAAAGUCCAAGGACAAGAAAAAAGGACCGAGUAACUUGACCAAGAUGAUGAAAUCAAUGGAAGACAACUCGAGUAACCAUGAAGGGUUUAAUGUUGGAACUGGAGGUAGUAAGCCUGGGAAGAAGCCUCAAGCUCCAAAGGGUAAACAGCUUCAUACUCAAAGUCAGAUCUUUAAGUACGCGUAUGGUCAAAUAGAGAAGGAGAAAGCUAUGGAGCAAAACAACCAGAACUUGACAUUCUCAGGAGUUAUCUCCAUGGCCCAAGACACUGAGAUUAGGUCUAGGCCUGUGAUAGAGAUUGCGUUUAAGGAUUUAACUCUUACUUUGAAGGGUAAACAUAAGCAGAUAUUGAGAUCUGUUACCGGAAAGAUCAUGCCUGGCCGUGUUUCCGCAGUAAUGGGUCCAUCAGGAGCUGGAAAAACUACAUUUCUUUCUGCCUUGGCAGGAAAGUCAACCGGAUGUACUAGGGCUGGUCUAAUCCUCAUAAAUGGUAAAAAUGAAUCUAUAAACUCAUACAAGAAGAUUACUGGAUUUGUACCACAAGAUGAUGUUGUCCACGGAAAUCUCACCGUCGAGGAGAACCUUCGUUUUAGCGCAAGAUGCAGGCUGAGUGCUUAUAUGCCAAAAGCAGAAAAGGUGUUGAUCAUUGAAAGAGUGAUUGAAAGCUUAGGACUACAACAUGUAAGAGACUCAUUGGUUGGCACGGUAGAAAAAAGAGGAAUCUCCGGAGGACAAAGGAAACGAGUGAACGUUGGUGUUGAAAUGGUCAUGGAACCUUCUCUAUUGAUAUUAGAUGAACCUACCACAGGUUUAGAUAGUGCAUCUUCUCAGUUACUACUUAGAGCACUUCGACGUGAAGCAGUUGAAGGGGUUAACAUUUGCAUGGUCGUGCAUCAACCCAGUUAUACGAUGUACAAAAUGUUCGAUGACAUGAUAUUACUAGCAAAAGGUGGUCUUACCGCGUACCAUGGAUCUGUCAAAAAAAUCGAAGAGUAUUUUGCUGGAAUAGGUAUCACGGUUCCUGAUCGUGUUAAUCCGCCUGAUCAUUAUAUAGAUAUUCUUGAAGGCAUCGUUAAACCAAAUAGUGAUAUCACUAUAGAACAACUUCCCGUGAGAUGGAUGCUUCACAAUGGUUAUCCAGUGCCACAUGAUAUGUUAAAGCUAUGUGAUGGACUCCCAUCAUCAUCUGGAUCAGCUCAAAAUGAUUCCACUGACAAUUCUUUCAGUAAUGAUCUAUGGCAAGAUGUUAAAACAAAUGUGGAGAUACAAAAAGAUCAGCUACAAGACAAUUACUCCAAUUCUCAAGACAAUUCUAAUCGAGUAACUCCUACUGUAGGUCGACAGUAUAGAUAUUUUAUGGGAAGGAUUGGGAAACAAAGACUUAGAGAAGCAAGACUACAAGCCCUAGAUUUACUAAUAUUAUUAGUUGCAGGAGCUUGUUUAGGAACUCUUGCAAAGGUGAAUGAUGAGACGAUUAAUUCACUUGGCUACACAUACACGAUUAUAGCAGUCUCUCUUUUGUGUAAGAUUUCAGCGCUGAGAUCAUUCUCUGUAGAUAAAAUACAAUAUUGGAGAGAAAGUGCCGCUGGAAUCAGCAGCUUAGCGCAUUUCAUGGCCAAAGACACAAUGGAUCAUCUGAACACAAUUAUCAAACCUUUAGUGUACUUGUCCAUGUUCUACUUCUUCAACAACCCGAGAUCUAGUUUCGAAGACAACUAUAUUGUGCUAGUGUGUUUGGUCUACUGCGUAACGGGCAUGGCUUAUGUAUUUGCCAUAUUGUACAGUGCUAGUGCUGCCCAGUUGAUGUCGGUGUUAGUGCCUGUUGUAUUGACUCUCAUCGCGAAUCAAGAUAGAGAUAGCAUUGUUCUUAAGUAUCUCGGAAGCUUCUGUUACCCUAAAUGGACUCUUGAAGCUUUUGUCCUUUCCAAUGCUCAAAGGUACUCUGGAGUGUGGGUGGUGACUAGAUGCAGCUCGUUGUCUCAAUACGGAUAUGAUCUUAGUGAUUGGGUCUUAUGUCUCAUUGUCCUCGUUCUCAUGGGUGUUAUAUGCCGAUUCAUAGCUUAUUUCUGCAUGGUUACCUUCAAGAAACUGUAACCUAUAAUAUUCCCUGUUAAUGUUGAAGCCCCCUGUGAUUAA